GUCCAGUGGGAAGGGUCUUUCCUCGUCCCCACACAGGUUUCAGUGUAGUGUUCUCAUUUCCAGAUGACACGGAGGUUUCAAGGAUUCAGCCCAGCCUCUGUAUCUCCCUGCCCAGACCCCUGACAUGUGGCUUCCCUCCUCUGGCCCUGUGGAGUCCUUGGCCCACGCAGGGACUGGUCCCUGGCCUCAUAUUUAUUCUUUGGUUCAGUACGGUUUGUUUCCUAUUGUAUGCUUCCUUGGCUCGUGGUAGAUCUGGGGACUCAGAAAAGAGAGAAGUGACCUAACCCCAAGGAGCAGCUGUCCAAGCAAUAUGGAGGCGCAAGUUGUGACUGGGAAGCCAUUGGAGCCUGGAGGGGUGUCUCCCAGGUCUGGGGAAAUCUCCCAAGAGGGGUCCUCCCUGCAGCUGCUGAAGUAGCUCCCACCAAAGGGUUUCUCUGUGUAGCUUUGCGCCUUUCCUGGAACUCACUUUGUAGACCAGGCUGGCCUCGAACUCACAGAGAUCCACCUGCCUCUGCCUCCCGAGUGCUGGGAUUAAAGGCGUGCUUUAUCUGCUGAUGCGUUCAUCGUCUGAAUGCCCCGAUGUACCUACCAGGUGCCAGUCCAGCUCCCAGGGACAGAGAAGUAAAAGAACUCUUUAACCGUCAUGGAGCCUAUGGUCUAGGAGGUGGGGGCAGAGAGACAGAGGCCAGAAUGAUCUGUCCGCACCUCUGGGCGCCUGUCUCUCUCCGUGGGCUCUCUCUACUUUGCUCCCUAAAUACCAAGCCUCUCCACAGCCGAGCCUCCAACACCUGAAGGGACAGAAGGACGGACGGACGGACGCGGGGAGCUCCAACAGGCGGCGGUGCGGGACCUCGGGUCCAGGGGUGGCUUCGGCAUGGCCCCGCCGUGAGAGGGAACCCCGAGGCUGGGACCCGAGCGGGAACCCUGGUGGAGCUCUGUGGGCAAGUGUCUGAGGUGGAAGGUUCUUGGAUAAAUACCACAUGCUAAUGGAUUGCGCCCCUGGAGCAUCCGCGACAACCCCAACAGACUUGAGUGUGUUGCAGAUGUGAGAUUCCAGCUGGGCGGCCUUCCAACCCCCAUCAGUUUUUUGGAGCCCCAGGGCUGGCUGGGUCAGGUGGAAGCAGUGACUGCCAUGGAGGAAGAAAAGCUCCCAUGUGAACUGCGUCAGGAAGGAGGUGCCGUCGAGGACCACAGCCUGGAGCCUGAAGGGGAGCCUGGGGUCCAGAAUGGAAUGGAGGCCAGUGGAGGCCCAGGUAGCCACACCAGCAGUCCAGGCAGUGAGAAGAGAAGCCCCUUAGAGGGAACCAUGGAGCCCACGGGAGACCCAGAGGCGGCCCUGCCUGGCCUUAGCCUCUCUCUCACCAACGGCCUGGCCUUGGGACAAGAUGGGAACAUUCUGGAAGACUCCAUGGAAUCCAGACCCUGGAGGGCUAGUGGACCAGCAGAGGAGGAGGAGGAGGAGGAUGUGUCCAGAAGUCUCUGUCCAGAUGCUGAGGACCCUCAGCUGGGGCUGGAUUGCCCUGGGGAGCCAGAUGUGCGGGAUGGCUUCAGUGCCACUUUUGAGAAGAUCCUGGAGUCAGAGCUGUUGCGGGGCACCCAGUACAGCAGCCUGGACUCACUGGAUGUGCUGAGUCUCACCGAUGAGAGCGACAGCUGUGUCAGCUUCGAGGCCCCCCUUACACCCCUCAUCCAGCAGCGGGCUCGAGACAGCCCCGAGCCUGGGGCUGGGCUGGGCAUUGGGGACAUGGGGCCUGAGGGGGAUCUGGGGGCAGCCGGUGGUGGUGAUGGGGAGCUGGGCAGCCCCCUGAGGCGGUCCAUCUCCAGCAGCCGCUCGGAGAAUGUCCUGAGCCACCUGUCUCUCACCUCGGUGCCCAAUGGGUUCCAUGAAGAUGGACCUGGGGGCUCAGGAGGGGAUGACGAGGAUGACGAGGACACGGACAAGUUGCUGAACUCUGCCAGUGACACCAGCCUCAAGGAUGGCCUGUCAGACUCGGACUCAGAGCUGAGCAGCUCCGAGGGGCUGGAGCCUGGUGGCACAGAUCCUCUGACCAACGGGUGCCAGGGGGUCAGCGAAGCCGCUCGCCGGCUGGCCCGCCGCCUCUACCACCUCGAGGGCUUCCAGCGCUGCGAUGUGGCCCGGCAGCUGGGCAAGAACAAUGAGUUCAGCAGGCUGGUCGCUGGAGAGUACCUCAGUUUCUUCGACUUCUCAGGCCUCACGUUGGACAGAGCACUCAGAACCUUCCUGAAGGCCUUCCCACUGAUGGGGGAGACGCAGGAGCGAGAGCGAGUCCUCACCCACUUCUCCCGCCGAUACUGCCAGUGUAACCCAGACGACAGCACCUCAGAAGAUGGGAUCCACACACUCACCUGUGCCCUGAUGCUGCUUAACACAGACCUGCAUGGACAUGUGAACAUUGGCAAGAAGAUGUCCUGCCAGCAAUUCAUUGCCAACUUGGACCAGCUGAACGAUGGUCAAGACUUUGCCAAAGACCUGUUGAAGACGCUUUACAACUCCAUCAAGAACGAAAAGCUGGAAUGGGCCAUUGAUGAGAAUGAGCUGAGAAAAUCCCUGUCCGAGCUGGUGGAUGACAAGUUUGGGACGGGCACAAAGAAGGUGACUCGGAUCUUGGAUGGUGGCAAUCCAUUCCUGGAUAUCCCGCAGGCCCUCAGCGCCACCACCUACAAGCACGGCGUGCUGACCCGGAAGACCCAUGCUGACAUGGACGGCAAGAGGACACCCCGUGGGAGGCGUGGCUGGAAGAAGUUCUAUGCGGUGCUCAAAGGGACCAUCCUGUACUUGCAGAAGGAUGAGUACAGGCCCGACAAGGCUCUGUCUGAGGGGGACUUGAAGAAUGCCAUCCGGGUGCAUCAUGCUCUGGCCACCAGGGCUUCUGACUACAGUAAGAAGUCCAACGUGCUCAAGCUCAAGACGGCAGACUGGAGGGUCUUCCUCUUCCAGGCACCGAGCAAGGAAGAAAUGCUGUCCUGGAUCCUGAGGAUCAACCUCGUGGCUGCCAUCUUCUCCGCACCUGCCUUCCCAGCAGCCGUCAGCUCCAUGAAGAAGUUCUGUCGACCCCUGCUGCCCUCCUGUACCACUCGCCUCUGCCAGGAGGAGCAGCUGCGGUCUCAUGAGAAUAAGUUGAGGCAGGUGACUGCGGAGCUGGCUGAACACAGGUGUCAUCCAGUGGAGAGAGGCCUCAAGUCCAAGGAGGCGGAGGAAUACCGGCUGAAGGAACAUUAUCUCACGUUUGAGAAAAGCCGUUAUGAGACCUAUAUCCACCUCCUGGCUGUGAAAAUCAAAGUGGGUUCAGAUGACCUGGAGCGGAUCGAGGCCCGGCUGGCUACUCUGGAAGGGGAUGACCCAGCUCUCCGGAAAACACACUCAAGCCCUGCCCUCAGCCUGGGCCACGGGCCUGUGACUGGCAGCAAAGCCACCAAGGAUGCCUCUACGCCUGAUACUUAGCUGGUAUGGCUGUGCAGGCCCUGGAGGCAGGCAAAUGUCCCCAGAGGGGUCAGUGAGCACAAUUCCAGCCAGAGGCUGCUUGGACCAAGCUCCAGGCAGUUAACCGGCAACCGGAGGGGUACGGAGAGCCUUGUGAUCAAGGAGAUACCAUUCACGGCGCUGAUCUUCUCACAUUCUGGGCCACCUCUGGCCUAGAAUCUCUCCUAGCCCUGGCUGCCCUCAAGUCAUGGGACCUGGCUUUGCAGGUCAGACAUGCUCCAGGGCUGCCAGCUGGAGAAGCCCGCCUCUGUUGCUUCCCCAGGCCCUUUCUCAUCAAGCUUCUCCCUCAUCUUGUAUUUGUGAGGAUGGGUCUGAACUCUGGGUCUAAGCUUGGACACCUACCCUGUCUCCUCUUUCCUCUCAGUUGACCAGCAGCAUCAGGUCUAUGGACCACCAGCAACGCCUUCUCCUUUCCUUUUCCCAGCAACCUUUGCAACUGGUCCCGUUCUCCGGCCUCACAUUGCAAUAAUCUGAGGCCUAGCCUCCACUCAGUGCCAAGCUGAUUCCACUCACGUGUAUGUUCGCCUCUCCUUUUAUCCACGGAGGCCUCUCCUGCCUCUUUUUUAUAUGGACACAUAUAAAUUAUAUAUAUAUGUAAAGAACUCAUUUAAAGAAAGUUUGAGAACUACUACCAAUUAGAGGAUGAAAUAAGCUCAUCUCAGAGCUCGGCCUGCUAUGGGGCCCUCCGCCGCCGCCCUGACACUCUGGAUGGAAAGAUGAAGACCCUCUGUGUUUUUUUUUUUUUUGCCUUUUCCUCUUCCAGCUGACUUGUGAUUCACAGUCAGUUUUCCAGUUGAUGCUUUUGGACUAAACAGGAUAUGGGUGUCACCUCCUCUGUCCCAAGGGUGUCUGUCCUGUGGGCUGAUGGCUCAGGAGCACACCUCUGUCUGUUUGGAUCUUCUUGUGAAUGCUGCGAGGUCGCUGAGCUCCAGCGUGGCCUCUGUGCAGACCUACUGGCAGGAAUGAAGGCCACUGUACCUUGCGGAGCGCCACCCACCAGCAAGCCCAGGCUGGAUGAUAGAAUAAGGUGGAGGAAGCUGUUCGUUCAUUCAUGGUCUCGGGGAGGAAGGAGGUGGAGUAGCAAGGUUUUUAAUUUUUUUUUUUUUUAGUGAAUCAGAAAGGCCUAGCUAAGGACGUAGUUGAGAAUAGAGACACGUCACAGGUUGACAUCCUUUAAACCUUGCAUCACAUAGACCAACAAGUGAGUUGGGGAGCGGGGGGCGGGGGGAUGGCCCUCUCAACAAGCUACCGUGAACCAGUCUUUCCUAUUGUUUGGCCAACAGUUUGACCUCUUUGGUGACAUAAGCCUUGUGACUAAGCGCCUAACAUUUAAGGUCCGCUCCCAUUGGAUGUGGGGAGCUGUGAGUAUGUGGAGAGGCGUAAGGGGUUUUAAAUCCAAAUUGUUUAAAUUGGAUUAGCUGGAGUGUGUAUUAUAACCAAACCAUCUGGCCCCUUUGUUUUGCUCAGGGGAGUAAAUGCUCAUUUGAAUGAGAUCAGAAAGGCUAUUUAGGGCCAGUAAAGAGACCUCAGCCCUUUGUCCAGCUGCCUGAGGGUCCUUUGAUUUUCAGGCCAGUGUCUCACUCUCUGUGUCCUGGGGGUGGGGGCGACAGCAGAGGUGCAAGCUCAUUAGCCACAGACACGCGCGGUUUCCCCCAACACUAGUCACGCUUCCCAUCAGUAAAGACAUUUUUUUAGUUCGCUUCCUUAAUUGUAUAAUUCUUUAUUUGUAAAUUAUAUACAUGUACUACUGUACUAAAAUAUUAUGUACAUUAUAAAACAUACACAAAAAUAGAAAUUUAAAAAAGAUGAGAUGAAAAUAAAUCUAAAUCAAA